AUGCCGUACAAUGUGACAACCCAUUCGGAGAUGCACGAUGCACUUCGACCAGACGCCUUCUACCCUCAAAUCCAGUCCAACGGUCCGGUUUCCACAGACGACUCGGACGGUGCCAGCUCGGAGGAGGACGAUUCCGAGCCGAAGGCGAGCCGCGGUCAGCGUCGCCGUUGUCGUCGCUAUCCCCUGAAACUCCGCACCGCCCCACUGGCAUGA